AUGACAUCAAAAGGGACUUUACGUCCUAUAGAUUUACCAACUCAACCUAUUGGUUUUCAAGAUAGAUACAAGAUUCUUCAUAAACUACAUACACAUUUAAUGAAAUGUAAACCGAGAGUACCUGGAGAGAAACUUGAGAAAUUAGCGAUGCAACUCGAGGUUAAAGUUGCCAAGUUAACGAAUACUAGUCAAAAUUAUAGGUUUACCAUUAGUGUUUUGCUGAGAGAUCUAACAAAAGCAAAGGGAGACCUUUCGAAGGUAGCCAUUAAUGGACAACCUUUAAUUGGUCCCAAGAGAAGUAAACGGAUAGGAGCAGAUGAUAUUACUUUAAUAACAACGAAGGCCAAUGCAAUGGAAAAAUUGAAAGGUUUGCUAUUAGAGACCAGUGUCCUGGAGAAACACGGUUAUAUUGUCGAUACUUAUUCCAAGAGCACGAAGGAACAAGAAGUGAAGACCUAUACAAAUUGUUCCAGAUGUGAAAUGAAGUUUGAGAAAUCAGAUAUCCUUAAGAAGACUGUUUGCCGAUAUCAUCCUUCCAAGAAACAAUUCAACAGAGGAACUAAAGUUUAUGAUUACCCAUGUUGCGGUGAAACGUCGGCAUCAAGUUCUAUUUCAAGGUUAGGUUGUAAAACAUAUGAUUAUCAUGUCUUUAGAAGUGAGUCGUACUUUGAAUUGAAACAAAUUUCUGAAUUUAAAGAUACGGCCAAUAUUGAAGGAGAGUCAAAUGUCUUGGCACUGGAUUGUGAAAUGGCAUUUACAUCAUUGGGGUACGAAAUGGUCCGUUUGACGAUAGUCAAUUUCUUUAGUAAGAAAGUUUUAUUUGAUGAAAUAAUUGAACCAUUUGGAGAAAUAAUUGAUUUAAAUACUCAAUUCAGUGGUGUUUAUGAAUCUUCCAUGGAACAUGCCAUUUCAUUUAAGAAAUUCAUUGAUCUGGUAUUAUCAAAAUCCUUGAUCAACAAACACAGUAUUCUCAUAGGACAUGGGUUAGAAAAUGACUUGAAUGUGAUGAGGAUUAUUCAUAACAAGAUUAUUGAUACAGCUGUUUUAUAUUCCAAUGGUAGAUUAAAGACAUCAUUGAAGAAUUUGGCAUUUGAGAUACUAAGUCGUAAAAUUCAAAGUGGUGAGCAUGACAGUUCUGAGGAUGCAAUUGCUACUAUGGAUAUUGUAAAGAAGAAGCUCGGUAUUUCUUUAACUCAAGAGGAGUGGUCAUGA